AUGCUCGAGCGCCGCACCGUGUUGGACGACCGCUGGCGCGUACGGCGGCUCGUCGGCCGCGGCACCUUUGCCGAGAUCUACGAGGCGGCCGACCUGCGCUCCGAGAAAGGUCCCGAUGGCCGCCGCCGCACUGUCGCUGUAAAGGCGACGGUGCUGCGCGACCUGCAGGGCCGCUGCGCUUGCGCGGAGCUCAUCGAGCUGGGACGCGGCGUCGACACCGACGGCGGCCCCGUGCACUUUCUUGCGAUGCAGCUGCUCGGAGAGAACCUCGCCGGCGUGCAGAUGGUCGAUGCCAUCCGCACGAUGCACGAGAUGGGCUGGGUGCAUCGCGACAUCAAGCCGUCCAACUUUUGCGUCGGCCUGGGAGCUGCCAUGUGCCGCUGCCACAUCCUCGACUUUGGGCUCGCGCGGCGGUGGCGCAACAGCGACGGGGUCGCGCACCCGGCGCGCGCUUCAGCCGAGUUCCGCGGGACGUGUAAGUACGCCUCCAUCCGCUCGCACCAGAACCAGGACUUGGGCCGCGCGGACGACCUGUGGUCGCUCCUGUACAUGCUGAUGGAGCUGCUCCUCCCUCGCCGCUGCCCGGUCCCAGGCGGCGGCGGCGCGGAGCUGCGCGCACCCGACGGCGCGGCGUCGAUGCCGCGCGCGUUGGGCAAGCUCUUCCGGCACUUGCAGGCGAGCGAGAGGCAGUCGCAGGAGGCGCAGGAGCAGAAGCUCAAGCGCACGGAGGAGCAGCCUCUCGCCGAUCCCCUCGCCGCCGAUCCCUUCGCCGCUCUCGACUUCGCGUCCAAGUCGAGCAAGCGCGCCAAGCCGUUCGACCUCAUCAUGGCGGAGGCGGAAGCCACGCCGGUGCAGCUCGCGGCCCGCAGCGGUUGCGGCUACGGCACGGGCGGCGAGUCGGCAACGCCAUCGCCGCCGCUGGAAGGGGAGGCCAACGCUCCGGCGUGCUCUGAGGCGCUGAGCUCCGACGACCGUGCGGGGGCGGCGAUCGCCGGAAAGCUAGCUGCCUAG